AGUAAACAGCCGAAGACGAAAUCACUACAAAAUGGGACCAAAGAAAAGCUCGGUGGUGGAGGAGUCGGAGGAGGUUAAAAAGGCGCUUGAGUUAGUGUCACUGGACGUAGCUGACAUAAAGAUUAAGCAGGACAAGAUACUCAAGCUAGUGGAGGAAGUCGCGCGACUACGAGCCUUAUUAGAGGACAAGGACAAGAGGAUCGAGGCUCUCGAGAAGAGAGUUGAGGACUUGGAGCAGUACUCAAGGAUUAACGAUGUGGUUGUGACUGAUUUAAAGAUUAAACCCCGCUCAUAUGCCCACGCACUGGCCGAGGGCAGUGAUCUCGAACCUGGCGAGAUGGAGGAGAGCUCUGCGGAACAACAGGUCGCCGCGUUCCUGGCGUCCAGGGACAUUGAUUUGGACGUAAAUUGUCUUGAAGCUUGUCACCCUCUCCCUACGAAGAAAGGCGCUCCUCCUGUGCUUAUCAUGAAGUUUCUCAACAGAAAGGAUAAGGUCACAUUGUUGAGGCAAGGAAGAAAAUUGAAAGGGCCCUUGAUGGUGACAAAGAAGAUGUUGAUGCCAGACUCCCGAGCAAGUCAAGAUGCCUCCUCCACCUUAUCUGUGGGCCAACCAUCUGCCAGCACCACAGCCACUUGUUGAUGUAGGAGAGGGCUUUUCCUGUUCGGGCAGCAGAGGAGUUCAAAUACAGUCUAGAAUCUGCAUGUUAAAAAUGUAAGCUUGUUAGAAAAGAAUCAGUUCAAAGGUUUAGAACAUCCUUCAUGAUAAUGGAGUAGUUAGAAUUUGCAAUGUGAAUGUACAUUAAGUGUGUGUGCAUGUGUUGGGGGGUCAGUUUGUAGCCAUAAAUUGGUGGGCGACUCAUGAAGGACACUGCAGAACUUCACAUCAUUUCCACACACUAUCAUGUGACCAUAGAAGGUUGCCAAACACAUCUAUAAGUAUUCCCCAUACAUGUCUCUGAGCAGUGGGAGAACCUCUACAGAUCCUAAUUUUGUUUGUGUUAUGAAAUAAAGUAGUCUAAUUUAUUUUUAGUAAAAAGAUAUGUUGUCAUUAAUCACAUUUGAGAGGUGACUGUUCUACAAAAAUCACGAGAUCAGAAAUAGUGCUUGAUGCCUAACAGGAAGAAUAUGAGGCGUGACGUCAUGUUCGGCAACCUUUGGCAAGUCAUGUGACAUUCUGUGGAAAAAAAAGUCACGUUCUGGUGAGGUGUCCUUUCUUCAUCUGCUGGCCUGCUGGAGGAAAUCACAAUACCCACACAAACUCCACACAGAAACAACCUUUGUUGGAUUAAAGCCCUGAUGCAGCAGUGCUAAUUAUUGUGCCCAGGUAGAAGUCCAACCUGAUCACAUUUUGAAUGUUAUCUUUGCUCCAAUCUGCUUUAUGAACAUUGGUUUGGCAGUUUUUAAGUACUACAGACUAAAGGUGGAACACAUCAGGUUGUACUUCAACAACCUGGUGUAGUGUCAUUUUUUGUUAAAGAAAGAUGAUGUGCUAAUGACAACAAUCAUGAUAAUAUGUAAUGUCAGAAAAGGGGUUUGUUGUGUGUUUCUGAUGACAGUGAGCAGAUGUUUAGAAGAAAAUAUAUUUUGUGCAAAUUGUAUGUUUUCUUUCAAAGGAAAACUAUGAGGCCAGAAUUUGGAUUCAAAAGUAUAAUUUGAGUAAAAUACUUGAUUUGUGAAGAGAAUGAAUAUUGGAUUAAAAGUGUGGGUUUAAAAGAGGGGUAAAUUUCCAUGACUCAGGGCCUUGAACCCACUAACCUGAUAAAUGUCCAAGAAAUGAACUCAUUUGCACCUGCAUAAUGAUGUCUGUUUUGAUUGGGGUAAGAAGUGCAAACUUUAGAAAGGCCACCCACUUUGGGUGGAGAUACUGACCCCUGAAGUGGAUAACCACUUUGUCACCCUUUGUCUCUUUGAAGCUGUUCUGGUGUUUUUGCAGACUGUGAAUUUUGCUUCAUUUUUCCAGCAAAAAAUAAAAACUCUUGGACCCCUUUGAGAAAAUGUAUUUCCACUAACACAAGGCCCUGCUUUUCAUGUAUUUAAAGUUUGACCAAGUUAGCCACAUGGACUGGACAUGGCAUUUUUUGAUCAUGUAAGCACACGCAUGGGAGGAUCACUUCUUUAUCAAUGAUGUCAGUUGAAGUAUAAUUUCAAGUCGACCUGAAUUGGAAAUCAUGCCGAGGAGGCCUAAAACAAGCUGAUAAGGAUAUGAAGGAGAUUUUGCCUAUCAAAGGAGACGGGGACAGUGCAGUGGGUGGACCGUGAAGAUGGAUGGGACUCUGACCAAUCAACAGAGAGCAGAUUCUGAUUAUAAAAAUGUAGUGUAGUCAGAGAGUCUUCAGUCUUUUCUGCUCUCUCUCCCUGCUGGUGAUUUGCUAAGAAUUACAUUAGAGGAGCCAGCCAAUGGAUCCACAGAAUUCUGUGUCUGGUAAACUUAUCUUUAUUCACGCUGUUUGUUUGAAUAAUAAUUACCUCCGCCAGGAGGAUAUGUUUUUGGUCCGUUUGUUUGUUUCUCUGUCUGUUUGUCAGCAGGAUAAAUCAAAAUGUUUUGAACAGC